AGCUCCGCCCGCGACUAUAUAAAGGUUCGGACGGGAGCAGGGAGCGAAAGGGUUUGUAGUGACGGUGCCUGGAGGGCGGGUGUCUCAGCUGGAGUAGCGGCGCUAUGGCAGAUCAGUCGUUCGUGACGCUAGCCACAAAUGAUUCCUAUGUGAAAGGAGCCCUUGUAUUGGGAUCGUCACUACGAAAUUACAGAACCACCAGAAAGUUGACGAUACUAAUCACUCCACAUGUUUCAGAUCCAAUGAGGAAAGUACUAGACAAAAUAUUUGAUGAAGUAAAACUUGUGAAUGUCUUGGACAGUGGUGAUUCCGCUCAUCUUGCAUUAUUGAAGAGACCUGAGCUUGGUGUUACAUUAACAAAACUCCACUGCUGGGAACUAACACAGUAUUCAAAGUGUGUGUUCAUGGAUGCAGAUACAAUGGUUUUGUCAAACAUUGACGAACUGUUUGAAAGAGAAGAGCUUUCUGCAGCACCAGAUCCAGGCUGGCCUGACUGUUUCAAUUCAGGAGUGUUUGUCUAUCGGCCAUCCAUUGAAACAUUCAAUCAACUGUUACAGCUUGCCACAGAGCAAGGCAGCUUUGAUGGUGGGGACCAGGGCUUGCUAAAUGCUUUCUUCAGUAAUUGGGCAACAACAGACAUUAGCAAGCAUCUGCCAUUUAUCUAUAAUUUAAGCAGUAUCUCUAUCUACUCCUAUCUCCCAGCAUUCAAAGCGCAGACCUCUCCUUCUUCUGACAGGUUUGGGACAAAUGCUAAGGUGGUGCACUUCCUGGGGAGGAUGAAGCCAUGGAACUACACAUAUGACUCCAAAGCCAAAAGCAUCAAAGAAGAUCCUCAAGAUCCUACAAUGGUCCAUCCAGAGUUCCUGAAUAUGUGGUGGGAAACGUUUGUCACAAAUGUUUUGCCAUUACUACAGCAGCAUGGUGCCAUUAAAGAUACAACUACUGGUAUAAAGGCGCUAUCGGGCUUGGUCUAUACACUGGCUUUCUCUUGUGGCUUCUGUAGAGAGGAGGAGGUAACAGAGGCAGUGUCCCAACUGUCACUUUCGUCUACAGCACCACCACAUUCACCGCCAUCUCCACCACCUAUGUCUUCAGAGGAGCGCAGAGAAAAAUGGGAGCAGGGCCAGGCAGACUACAUGGGAGCAGACAGCUUUGACAACAUUAAGAAAAAGCUUGAUACCUACCUCCAGUAGAAACACUUGUAUCUGCUCAACAGACAUCAGCAAUACAAGGACUUUUCAGUGCUAUAGCAACUAGGAAAGUCAGAUAGGGUCAGUUAGUUAGCAGCUUUGCAACUGCUCAGCUGAAGGCAGUACACUGAAGGUGAGAACUGAGCAAAAUCUGUUUGAGGUAUGAAUCCUUGUGCCAAUCAUGUGUCUCAACUAUCAAAUCCUUUUUGCACAAAACCUGAUGAACAUGCCUAUAGAGAACUCAUUGGGAACAGGACACAAGACUGGCCAUUUAGACCUGUGCUUUAUCUCUCCUUCCCUUCACUCCCAAACCAUGUUUUGCUUGCUAUGUUAAAAAAUAGCUAGAUGUCAAGGCAGCUACAAUGAAGGGGCCUUAUACAAAGGACAUGAAAAGAAGCAACACUGUAAUGACAUUGCCUUCCUGUCAGUUCCAAUCAUAUUGAAGAUUCUGACCAGACUUCAAUGCACAGCACCCACAGCAUGGCAAAAUGCUUUUGUUCAGUUCUGUGUACUGCUGGGACUAGUCAAAGGGAAAAAACCUUUUGAACUGUUACCUGUAAAAUGGCACUCAAACUACAGAAUAAAAAUAUAUCAUGGUAAUAAAA